AUGGAGGCUCUCAAGGAGUCCCGCGCCGCCGCCGCGGCGCCCGCCCCCGCUGGCGCCGCUGGCUCCGCCGAGGAGCUGCAGCGGGCGCUCGCUGGGGCGGUCGCGGAGGCUUUCCUGAGCCUCCGCCGCGCGCAGGACAUCAUCGACCGGGAGCUGCCCGGCGCGCUAUCGGCGGCGCUCCACGCGCACGGCGCGCCCGAGCCUUACGUGAGCGGCGCAGCCAGUCCCGCAGAGCUGGUGGCCGUCCGCGCGCACGCGUGCCACGAGGUGCCCGGCGUGGUGCCUGAGCGCCGCGAGGCGCACGGCGGGUGGCGGGGCGCCCAGGGCGCAGCCGGGCCUGUGAGCAGCGGCGCCAGCACCAAACCCGUGGAACAGCAGCUCGUGUCGUGCGCCGGCACCCAGGAAGUACCCGGCCAGGUGCCCGAGUGCGGCGAAGCGCCCCGCAUGCCGCCGGGCGCCGCCGUGUCGCUGGGCGCUGGCGGAAGCCUUGGGGGCGGCCCUGCCCGCAGCGACGACCACAGCCAGGCAGCAGAGGGGCCGAGGGGGGGCGCUUCGCAGAAGGUGCGCUCCCCCGAAGAAGACUCGGAGGACGAGCUCAAGGCGGAGGCGUCGCCAGAUGGAGGCGAGCACCCCGCCCGUGACCGCAGGAGCAGCUUGCAGAGCGGCUCGUCGCAGAGUAGUGCUCCGUACGUGCCGCGCAUAUCGGAGAGCAUCGCUGUGUACGGGAAAGAGCACAGCCAGGCAAUCAUUCAGCAGUGGAAGCAUCUUGUCCAGUCCCUGCAGGAGAUCAGUGUCUCCGAGAUCUCCCAGCUUCACAGCGCGUGGACAGAAGCCAAGACUCUCGGCAUCAUCCUCUUUGCUCCGCAGAAGCCCGGAUCGGCAGCGAAGCUGUUUCGCAGCACCACUGGCAGCCUUCAACUUGCAGGCAGGAAACGGCACAGUGGUUCGAGCCAGGGAGAAAAAGUCUGGAGAAGCGUCGGCCCCAUUCUGAACUACGUCUGUCACCCUUUCACCAAGAAGCGAAUCGCAUGGGACUUCAUCGGCAUGUCGCUGUGUCUCCAUGACGUGACGAUGUUUCCCGCGGAAGCGUUCGAGUUGCCAGAGGUGUACUUGCGCUUCCGGUUUUACUACGAAUUCUUGGCCUGCGUCUUCUGGACCUUCGACAUACCGGUCAACUUCAGUACCGGGUACAUAUCCAUGGAGGGCUUGCUCGAGAUGCGGAAGGGCAAAGUGAUCGCGCACUACGCGCGCACGUGGGCUACGCCAGAUGUGGUCGUCACACUCCUCGAUUGGAUUUGUCUAGUCGCCAGCGUCAACAAUUCUGGCAUUCUUCGCCUAGGCAAGGCCGCCUCCCGAUCGAUGCGAUCGUUGCGGCUCUUACGGCUGCCAAGGCUGAGCGCCUCGCUGAACGAGGUGGCUGGGGCUGUCAGCUCCGAGUACGCGAUCAUAUUGGCAGGAGUUGCGAAGUUGCUCAUGCUGUUGAUCUUGGUGACACACUACGUGGCCUGCAUGUGGUUCUGGUUGGCUGAUAGGUCCGACGAGAGCAAGACUUGGAAGACUAAAUUUUUGGAUUCGGGCGCAUAUUCCCAGACGUACGAGUAUCUGGUCGUUGCGGCGGACCGCGAUGCAUUGGGCGAUCACUCAAUUCACGCCUGCAUCAAUGGAGGUGGUUCCGACAAACGUUAA